AAAUGGUGGAACGUAAGGAGAGAAAGCUUCAGUAGACUAGAAGAAUAUCAACAAUUAUAUCACUGUGUCAAGACCUUAACGUGGCAGAAGAAAAACAGCAGUGAUGGCUGAUGCAGGACAGGUCAAGAAAACUGCAGCCAAGGUGUUGUGCGCCGUGGAAAAGGUGUCCUCUUUCGCCUCCUCCAUCGACCCCAUCUUUGGAAUUGUCUCUUCCCUGGUUGGGGUGGCUCGCAAGGGCUUGAUGGAUGAUGAGGGCCAUGCUCUGGACAAGGACUUUCAGGCAAUCCACACCAAACUGGAGAGCAUCUCCCAGAAGAACCAGCUAUGCCUGAGACAGAUCCGCAUUGAUGAGGUGAACGAAACCUAUGGCAAGUACGAAGAGUUCAUCAAGCACCAGUACACUGCCUUCAACAACAUGGUGGCACAGAUGAAGAAAGAUCCCGACAACAACCAGCGCUACAUGGAGACCUUUGAGAAGAUUUAUGAGAGAGACAAGAGUGACAUGAGCCUGGAUGUGUACUACCGUGGUGUGAUGGGCAUCAACUUGCUGUUUGGAAGACCCCUGCUGCAGGUGUACCUGGAUAACUGUGAACGUGACCGUGAGAUCAUGGAGCGCCGCUGUUCACACAUCACUCACCUGUUCCACAUAGGUCUCAUCUCCCUUAUGGCCUACACAACUGUUACAGAGGAUGACGAAGAUGAGGUGCGCGAGAAGUGGGCCAAGAGGGUGCUGGAUAUCCAGAUGAAGAUGCAGGAGGUGCUCAGUCAGUGCGAAGACAAAAGCUCCUCCUGAACGUGGACCAGCAGGGUCCGGACGUUGGUGGGGACCAGUACCAAAAAUUUAUAAUCUCAGCUGUGGACCAGAGAGAAAUGACAAAUCAUGUUAUAAUAUAAAUAUAUAACAGAAGCAUGUUUUCCUUUGUUUGUGCAUUUGAGCUCUACUUGAUAUUGUUAUUGUAUCAAUUUGAUGAUAUAUAAACAUUGUAUUUUAUUGUUGUUUUAAAGAGACCACUAAGUUACAGCUCUUAUGUGUUACAUGCCAAUAAACACAUAC